UCCUCCUCCUCCUCCUCUUCUCCCCCUCCUCUUGGUCCCCUCCCCUCGGUCCCUGGAGCAGUCUCCUCCUGCCGAGCAGAGCCAGCUCCGGGCACAGCCCCUGGGGACGCAGCGGCUUCUCCUCCCCAGCCCUGAAGCGCAGCAGCGGCAGCGGCCGACGGACAGCGACAGCUACAGCGGCGACAGCGGCGGCGGCGGCGGCGGCAGGAGCUUUUGAGGGUCCUUCUCACCAGCAGCAGUAGACAGAUCCCAGGCUGGUCACAUCUCCUCCUAGGUCUCUGGAGUGUUUGACAGGUGUCCUCUUGAGAAGGACUUAGGUGCUGCUAUCUCUGUAAAUCCGGGAAUCUGGACUUUUAAGGACUCUAAUAAUCCUCCAUUCAAGUCAGAGAGAGACCAACAGAGAUAAAAGACCAGUUAUAUGUCCAAUUCAUUGAUGUGUUCUUUCUCUCUUUUGUGGAUGAAAGUGACUAAGAGAUCUACAUUUUCCCCUGUGGAUCCAUUUGGCUCCAUCUUCCAAGGAGCCUGUGACACGCCACUUCUGCUGACCAUGUGUGACAGUGCAGAUAGUGAGGAGAAACCCCCAGCCCCGCCACUGAGAAUGAACAGCAACAACCGGGACUCCUCAGCCCUCAACCACACCUCCAAGCCCCUGCCUGUGGCUCCCGAGGAGAAGAACAAGAAAGCCAGGCUCCGCUCCAUCUUUCCUGGAGGAGGAGACAAAACCAAUAAGAAGAAAGAGAAGGAACGGCCAGAGAUCUCUCUUCCUUCUGAUUUUGAGCAUACGAUCCACGUGGGGUUUGACGCUGUCACUGGGGAAUUCACUAUGGGGAGACCGAGCACUGAGCCCAGGGCCCUGCACAUAGGAAUCCCUGAGCAGUGGGCAAGGCUCCUUCAGACGUCCAACAUCACCAAGCUGGAGCAGAAGAGAAACCCCCAGGCUGUGCUGGAUGUACUCAAGUUCUACGACUCCAAGGAGACUGUCAAUAACCAGAAAUACAUGAGCUUUACUUCUGGAGAUAGAAGUGCUCAUGGAUACUUAGCAGCCCAUCCUUCGCAGACUUUGAUUCCAAGACCAGCUUCCCUCUGUUACCUGGAUACCUCAGCUGCCGAGGGAGUGAAGGCUCAGAGUACAAAAACAGCAUCAGAACCUCCCUUGGCUCCCCCGGUGUCCGAAGAGGAAGAUGAAGAUGAGGAAGAGGAGGAAGAGGAAGAGAAUGAGCCCCCCCCUGUAAUUGCGCCGCGCCCUGAGCACACAAAAUCUAUUUAUACACGCUCUGUGAUGGACGCCGCUCUGCCGAUGGCUUCCCCAAAAGAGGCUUCAGCCCCCACGGCAGAGAACUCGCCCUCCAACACACUGUAUCGGAAUGCUGACCGGCAGAGGAAGAAGUCCAAGAUGACUGAUGAGGAGAUCCUGGAGAAGCUAAAUGAGGAAACUGAGUCUCAGAGAGGAAGCAUUGUAAGCAUUGGUGAUCCCAAGAAGAAAUACACGAGAUUUGAAAAAAUUGGCCAAGGGGCCUCAGGUACUGUCUAUACUGCAUUGGAUAUCGCCACCGGACAAGAGGUGGCCAUAAAGCAGAUGAACCUCCAACAGCAGCCCAAGAAGGAAUUAAUUAUUAAUGAGAUUCUCGUCAUGAGGGAAAAUAAGAACCCCAACAUUGUGAAUUAUUUAGACAGCUAUUUAGUGGGCGAUGAGCUGUGGGUUGUGAUGGAGUACCUGGCUGGUGGUUCUUUGACCGAUGUUGUCACAGAGACUUGUAUGGAUGAGGGCCAGAUAGCAGCUGUCUGCAGAGAGUGUCUCCAGGCCUUGGAUUUCCUACAUUCUAACCAAGUCAUCCACAGAGACAUUAAGAGUGACAACAUUCUUCUUGGGAUGGAUGGCUCCGUCAAACUGACGGACUUUGGGUUUUGUGCCCAGAUCACCCCUGAACAAAGCAAAAGGAGUACCAUGGUGGGGACCCCCUAUUGGAUGGCUCCUGAGGUAGUGACAAGGAAGGCCUAUGGCCCGAAAGUGGAUAUCUGGUCCCUUGGGAUCAUGGCAAUAGAAAUGGUGGAGGGUGAGCCCCCAUACCUGAACGAAAAUCCACUGCGGGCCUUGUACCUUAUAGCUACUAACGGUACCCCAGAGCUCCAAAAUCCUGAGCGACUUUCUCCUGUGUUCCGAGACUUUUUAAACCGUUGCCUGGAGAUGGAUGUUGACCGGCGAGGGUCUGCCAAGGAGCUUUUGCAGCAUCCAUUUUUAAAACUAGCCAAGCCUCUCUCCAGCCUGACUCCUCUGAUCCUUGCUGCAAAAGAAGCGAUUAAGAACAGCAGCCGCUAGUGAGGAGAGGGAGGGCCUUCACCCGCCCUGGCCCUGGCGCGUGUAGACCCAGAUCCCUCAAGACUAUAGGAUCUCACUACCUGUGCUGCAGCACAGACAGAAAGACAAACCUAAUUUGGAUGUCCCCAGUGCAUGGGGGCUGAGCCCGCCCUUCUAGGAAUCGAGCCUUUCCCCCUACUCCCUCCUAUCAUAUACCUUUGCCAGCUGGAGCCAGCUCAGGGCUGCAUGGGCCUUUUGAGCAGCAGGGCUAGAGGAAGAAGCAUCUCCUGGCUGUUUCCACCAGCUGCCCCAGUAGUCAGGAACAGCUCUCCAUUGUGGGCUGGCUGCCCAUGCCCUUCCUUGUCCAAUGCCUGGCUUGUUGCUUUUCCCAGUGUCUGGUCUGCUUUGGCAUUAGAGAAGGAAGAAGGGGCCCCUCUGGCUCUCAGAUGGCUUCUGCCCAUCUGCCCACCUGGCUCCCAUUCCCACAUUCAGUUUGCCUGUGGUAGGACAGACAGAAAAUAAUGGCUUGGCUGUCCCUGAAGAGGCAGAAUGAGUGUGCUAUGAAUGAGACCUCAUCUGUGACCUCAGCCCUUGAACCCUGCUUCCAUCCCCUAAUCCCCACCCCGACCCCCGAGCUUGGGGCCUCCUUCCUUGGGUCAGCUCGGUUUGUCUCACUCAUGGUUUGCGUUUGCCUUGAGAAAGGUAGCUUGUCACAUUUCUUUUCUUUUUCAAAGUCAAAAGAUCAGUGUGUUCAGGAGGGCAUGGUUUGGGGGUUCCAUUUUCUGUCUGAAGCACAGGAAGAAGGCCUCCCCACCCCCCUUGACUUCCCUUGUUCCUAGAUGCCUGGAGAAGGUUGCAUAGAUUCACAUGGCAAGGCCUGUUCCUGAUGGGCUUCAGGAGAAAGUCCUGGUCCCCACCCUGAACUUGUCUCUGGACAUCCGCCCAGGAAGGCAAUCCAGGGGGCCUCCAGAAAGAUCUCCAUGCUACCUCUUGACUCCUCCCAUGUGCACAUAGUGUCACGUAGUGACCUAGCCUCUGCCCAGGGAGAGGAGAAGAGCCUCCCCCCCCCCCACCCCCAUGACUGGGCUGAAUCAUUUUUAUUCUGACAAUAACUGUGUAAGGUGAUGAUUUGUAAAUUUUUUUUUUCAUAAUAAAAAGAUCUGGUGAGGAGAGACCUGGUUAGCACUCACUUUGCUAGUGAGCUGUGGCAGGAUCUUUGCUGCUGACUCUGUGUCCCCUUUGAGAACUGGACUUCGAUUAGGCUCUUGAGAAGAAGACUGUGGGUGCUGUUCCCCUCUUCCAGGUUCUCCCCAGACAGGUUUCAGGUUAGGGUAUUUGUCAUGUUAACCAUUUAGCAACAUUGAAUUCUAAGAACCUGCCCACAUGCCUCAGUGGGAAUCUGUUUCCUUUUCCAGCAGAGUUCCCAAAACAAUUUCACUGGAGAACCCCCCUGAGGCAUGAGUGGCGCUCUUUCAUGGUCUUUCCCCAAAGACUCAGCUGCUGGCACUUUUUGGUUUCUUACAAGGAAGGGAUGGAGAGAGUGAAGGAAGGAGGAAGGGAGAUUUCAAGCAAAAGGGAAAGAACAGAAAGUUCUUGCUUCUUUCUUGAGCUCAGUGACAUCUUAAAAACAUUUGAGUUGCAUUUCUGAGUCCUUGAAAAACUCGUUUCUACUGAAGAAAGCUCAAGAUUUAUAGUAUGUCAGGCAUCAGAAUAAAAUGUGUCUGAAUUCAGGCUAGGAAGUAAAGGGUUAAGUGAGACUUUUUUAGUCUGUGGUUUCCUUCUUGCCAUUUUGAAGGCCUAUUCACCUAGUUAUCUAUCCAUUCAUCUACUUACUCAUCUACCCUUCCAUUCACCCAUCUACCUAGCCAUCCUCUCUUCCCUUCCACCCACUCACAGACUCAGAAGACACCUUAGUGGCCAUCUGGCCCAGCCCUUAUCCAAAAAGAAUCCUUGCUGUAACCUAUCUGACAUGUAGCACAUCACCCAUCAACAAUACAAACAAAGUUAUUAAGUGCUCGCCAUGUGCAAGACACCAUGCUGGGCAGAGGGGAUACACAGGCAAAACCCCCCCAAACAUCUAUCCAUUGAUCCAUCCAACCACCCAUCUAGUCACCCGUUUACCCACUCAUGCAUCCACCUCUUCAUUUACUUGGCUCCCUUGGCUCCCUACUCAUCCAGUCCUCCAUUCAUGAGUCCUUCUACCUAUUCCUAUACUUACUCAUCCAGGAUUCACCCAUCCACCUACCUGUUCAUUCAUCUGUUCAUUCCCUUCUUUUCAGUUCUGUCUUCCAUAUCUCUCAUUUCUUUUCCAGUUUAAUCCUCAAGCACUCUCAUUCCAUUUAUAAACAUGUUUUUAAACUUUUUAACCUCUUGCUUCACCUCUUCCAGGAAUUCUAGUUGAGUUUGUGCCCAAGCUGGGUUUUUCUCUGAGCCUUUGCUUGGAGUCAUGCUCCUCCUUUACAUUUCUGUCUUGAGCAUUCCUGACACCAUAAUAGCUCAUUAUGGUAGGGCUCUUUUUUUGUUUACUCAUUCCUCCAACCUUCUUCCUAACCUCAGUCUUGAUGUUAGAGCUGGGCUUCGUUGUACUUAUAUCCACUCAUCCAUUCAUCCACCUAUCCUAUCUCCCAUGCACUCAUUCAUCUAUUCAUUUGUCUGUGUCAUCUACUCUUCAUUCACAUGUUCACUCGCUCACCCCUCUACUAAUCCAUCCAUGAUCUAUACCCACCCAUCUAUCUAUCCACUGAUCCGUUAACUUACCCAUUCAUUGAUCCACCUACCAACCCAUCCAUCUCCCCAUCUAUCCAUCUGCCUAUCUGCCUGACCUUCAUCCAUCCAUCCAUCAUCCAUCUAUCCAUCUCUCCACACAGUCUGCCAUCCCCUGAAAUGAAAGCACUGCCUGUGGGGAGUUUAAGCUAAGUCCACACUGUUAUUUGUGCUUCCCUGCUUUCCUCUGUGGAUAUAAAGUUUGAGGGACUUUGUACUCCAAAGAAAUAGAAAUAUGCAAAGGAAAGAAGACAAGGCAAGGAAAGUGUGUGGAUCCAUCUUUUGUUUGGAGCAGCCUCUGAGGGAGACUGGAUGGCUGGGCCAAGGAGUUGCCAGGUAGCUGUUGGAGCUGAUGAGAGGCCUUCCUUUCCAUUUUAGUUGAAAAUACAUGUUCAUAUUCCUCAGUGAUAGAUGUCAGUUGUCUCCAUAGAGGCAUACGAUGCUUGUUGGGUUGCAGUGGAAGGAUAGAUGUUCUGUCCUUGGUGCGUGUGUGUGUUAGGGGGUGGGGAUGGGGGGGAUACUGACCUGGGUUGACCAGAAAGAACAAUGAACUAAUGUCCUCUGUGUGCCUCCAGGGCCUUUCCUUGGAGACCCUGAAGCAGUGAUCCUUCAGCUCACUGCAUGUAGGGAAAUGGCUGUUCUUCUAGGGUCUCCAAGGUCCUGUCUGACCCCUGCUGGGCCACAAAGGCCAGCGGUAACCCGUAUCUCUAGCACGCCCUCCAAGCAGACAAAUGGAUGAGUGUGCAUAUGAUAUUUGGGGAGAGCCAUCCAUUUUCUCAGGCUCCUCCUUCCACGAUGCUGGACAGCUACGUACACUUUUUCCAAGUAUUACCGAUGAGCUGUUUCUCUUGCCAAACUUCUGCUGGAGGAGUAGCCUAUGACAUGUUUAAACAUCCCUCCCUCCCUAUGGCAAAGGCCUUUUCCCCUUUCCCCACCUCUUUCUCUAGUUCCUCCUGGUGAGUGUGGCUUGGUCCUUCCUGUGACUCCAGGGCUUCUCGGCUCCCAGAGCCUCAGCCCGGGGGCAGUGGCAGAAGGGGCAGAGAGGGCCAAUGGGCACAGUAGAGAUGGCUUGAGAGAAAAAAGAACCUUGAUGUUUCCCUGUGAAUUAGUGAGUUGUUGCUUCCCCACAGUAGUCACAGGUUGGCCGUCAUGAUGUCUGGCGUCAGUCAUUGUGGUGGGCGAUGGCUACGCUUGCAAGGCCCUGCCUGUCUGUCCUUGUCAAUUUCUGUGUGUCUGUGCUCUGUCAUUGGCCACUGACCGGCUAUCUAUGAAGAUUCUUUGAUUGUCUAGUUCUGAUUUCUUUCUGCUGAGCUAAUUCUGCUUUACCAUUGGUCUUCACUUCCAUCCCUCUCUUAAUAGAUGUGCUUCUUGUUGCUCAAGUUUCCUGAGAUUUGAAGAAGGGUCUUUGUUACUCCACGAGCCUGUAACAAGUCCAUUCCUUUGCCUCUUGGGCUGUUUAUUCUGACUGAAUCAGAGAACAUUAGAGAUGGAGGGGAUCAGAGAGCUCAUCUAAUCCAACCCCCACCAUUUUACAGAGGAGGAAACCGAGGCCCAGAGAGGUGAAAUGCCUUGUCCAAGGACACAAGGCAAGUUAGUGGCAGAGUCAGGGACUCAAAGGCAGGUCCGGGGCUCUGUCAUACCACAUUGCCUAGCAGAUGCUGCUAAAGCUCUCCGCCCAAGUGUAGAUGAAGCCCAGCAGAGGACAGUGCAGCCAGCUAGACCGGGUCUCUGUGAUGCUCUGUUCAGCGGGUGACAUGGGGAUGUGGGCUGCACGGGUGUUCUGUGUUGGGCCCUUCAAGGCCAUCGCCGGCCACAGAAGAAGAGAUGAUGAGGCUCAAGGUUAUUGGCUAGCCAGAAACUUGUGCUUGUCCUUUGGAUGGGUGGAGUCUGUUUUCAGGACCCUGAGGUUGGAGGGGAGAGGAAUCUGGUUUUCCAGAGACCCAGAACGGAAAGGGCCCCGGAGGGUCCAAGCGACAAGCCUGUGAUCUGAGGAAGCUUGUGAAGCGGGUGGUUCCUCUGUUGUCAUAUGCGAAGGGCUUCACUGGCCCCUCCAGGUCUGGGCCUGCAGCAAGUAGCUCCUGUUUUUUAUUCAUCCAGGCAGAAUUCUCCUAAGUCCAGAUAGUCAAGUGGGGCUGAUUUUCCCAGAAGUGAAGGCAUGGGCCUGAGGGCUGAGUGGGUAAACAUUGGCAGAUGGCAAAUGCCACUGGCACAGGCAGCUUGCUGGCACUCCAGCGUGUUUGGCUGGUGUUGCUUUGAGAUGCCCACCAUGGGCUGGCAGUACUCCUGGCAUAGCACAGCAGGCAGAAUUUCUAGAAAGACAAUGUUUGUGUGUGUGCGCGUGCGUGUGCAAGCAUGUGCGUGAGUGCUCCCUGCUCACUCCCUCAAAUGAUUUUAGGCUUGGCAUUGAUGUGAAUUCUGUCACCACUAACCCGGAUCCCUGCCCCUCCAUGCCUCGACCUCCUGGGCAAUUCAUUUUCCGAAAAGCCUCUAGAAGGCCCCAUCUCCCCAUUCUGGAGGCUUGUGCCAUUUGGGAGGCACUGGGCUAGUGCUCAGGCUGCCUGCGUGGGCCAGCCCCUUUCCCUAUCAGGUCCUUUUUUGGUGUUCUCUGUGGUUAUGCUGCUGGUCUGUGGUUUGCGCUCCCGUGCCCUCUCUCCUCAUCCACGGCCUCUGGCCUUUGGGUUCUCGGGAGAAUGUGGGGUUUCUGUGACGUGAAGCCCGGUAGGUCCCCCAAGAGAACUUUGGGAUUUGAAAGGUGGGCUUUUGUAGCAGUGAGUAGCUCCUUUACAAGGAGAUUUCAUCCUCAUGGCAAGGCUUUGCUGGGAACAGUCCCUCUAGAGCACUCUGACCUUCAGCGAAGUCUCCCUUGCCAUGCCCUGACCACCUAUGGGGCCUCCAUCCCUCAAGGCUUAGCCAACAAGAGCUGCUGGGUCCUCUUCCCCACAAUGGCUGAGCUGGCAAGGACCUAUAAUGAUGCAAACCCUCUCCCCCUGGGGUAAAGGAGGCAUGGGUUUGAGUUGUGAGCUGCAGAGUGGGUUAGAGCUAGAUUUUCUGUGCAAUGGGCUGAAAUGACCAUGAAAAGAAGGAUUCUGAGAUGGGCCAGAAUUCAUGCUUGAUCAAGGUCCCUAAGAGCUGGGCAUGCCUUCUGGAGCAGUGUCAGCUGUAAUAAGGGAACAAAGUCACACCAACCUGCCACUGUAGUGUGCAGAAAGCCCUUCCAAGUUGGCGGCUGAGUCUAAAAGUGCUGCUCUCCCUACUGUGCCCAAUACCUUUGUGCCCAAUACCAUUCCCACUUCUCAAUUAGCCAUGGCUGUCUGGCCCUAGCAAGCAUCAGGCCCAAAAUAGACUUCCCAGCAUGCACUGCAGAGUGGCAGGGGAAGCCAAUGACUAUGGUCAUUCUGCAAUGGUGAGCUGCCAGUCUGUUGCAACCCUCCCUCCUCCAAACUGUCUUGCUCCUUCAGUCCUCAGUCUGGCCAGCCCGGGUGCCUGGGGAGCUUGCCCAGCUCCGCAUCUGCUCAUGAUACUCAGGCACCAUCUGUUGACUUGGAGUCCAGUCACAAGGCUACACCUUGAGGUGGAUGUCAAGUGAUAAUGAUGGGUCAGCUCAAGUGAUUCUGAGAGUUGCCAUUGGGGGAACAGCACUGCCCCAGGGUGUGGCUGCCUAGACCUGGUAGCGAGGCUAGCCACCUUCCAGUCUGGCAGUGGACAGAAUUGUAAGUCAAGGUUUUAGGAGCUCUUCUGGGCUAGAGGUUAAGCCUUUCAAACCCAGCGUCAAAGGGGGUGAGGGUUAGUUGCCAUCUCCACCUCAAGUUGGCCUUGCUGUUUGCUGGUGAGGUGGGUAAAACUCCAGGGGCAGGAGGGAGGACUUAGAGGUCUCAUGGAUCUGAGCAGAUCUGCUCGUCAGUGGCUGAGGAGCCUCACUUAUCAUGGGGGCAUAGGGUGCGAGGUGGUGCUGGUUUUCAGUAGCAGGCUAUGGGCAGUCUCUGCCCUCCAUCCAGGAAGCGGGGCCAUGCCCUCGGCUGGGGAGGCUUGUCCCAUUUCUCCACAUGACCCCCCUCUAGUCCAGGUUCCACUCAGCUUGGGCUUCUAGGCUGGUAUGACUUAGGGAUGCAGGUACUCAGCCAAUGGGGAAUGGAAGCCAGAGCAUCUGAGACUGCUGCAGGAGAAGGGACUGGGGUGACGCAUGUCAUCUCUUCUAUCGGAGGACCUGCCUGCCAGGGGCUCAGUGGCCAGAGCUGGAAGGGACCUCAGAGGAGACCUAGCUCACUCAACUCCUUCAUUUUCUGGAGGAGGAAACCCAAGGGCCCAGAGUGUGGAAGGGACCUAUCCAAAGUCACCCAGCAAGUACAAAGUCGAGCCCCAUCUACCGAUCCCUUACCCAGGGCUGCUGCUUCUUUACUAUGUGCUCCUCUGUCAUAUGGGCUCAGUCCCAGAAUCCCGUACCUUGUUAGUGGCUUGAGUGUACAAUGUAAGCCUGGCUGGGAGAGCCAGAUCCCAUGAUCCUUGGUGGGCUCCCACACGAGGCCUUUAAGGGAGCAAGAGCCCGGCCCUGGCUGGUGACUGGCAUGCCUUGGCCAGCUGCGCUCCUAAAAGGGCUUCGCUUCGAAGGGUCCGUGGGUCUGGCCCAGCCAGGGAUCUCCUUUCAUCCGCAAAUGUGAGUUGGCUGUGUCCUGUCCCAUCCUGUCCUGUCCUGUCUUGUCCUGUCCCAUCCCACGCCAACCGCUCUCCCUCUUCCGAUGCCAGGUGGGCUGGGCUGGGUUGGGGUUGGGGAGCUGGGGGUGGAUCCCAAUGUGAACUUCUUUGACAUUGUGGUUGACGCACUAGAGAUUGACUAUGGCUUCUGCAUGACUGUAUCUUGAGUGUAACAAAUAUUGCUGUUCGAAGCUUGGACCUCCAGUCCUGUGAAUAAAAAUGACCUGAACCGCA